CAGGACACUAUGAGAAAGAAGGUAACUGUUGCCUUUAUCUUUUUCUAUUUUUCAUAAUAAUACUAAGAUUUUAUUUUCCUUUUUUGACUGUGCUAACAUUUGCACAGAUGGAACUAUAGAUUUCUUUUUUUGUUCAUUCAUUUACUAUACUGAAUCUUUGCUUUCCUCUGCAGCAGCUAAUAGAACUAUGGGGACAACUCCCACUGCUGCUUUCAAGGCCCUCAUGGAUGGAGUAACAAGCUGGGAUGUCCCCAAAGGCCCCAUCCCCAGUGAACUCCUUCUUACUGGAGAGGCUGCCUUCCCAGUGAUGGUGACUGUCAAGGGCCAGGUCCUCAUUGUUCCCUCCUCCUAUGGCCAAGGCCGCCUCGUGGUUGUGUCCCGUGAGGGCUACCUGCUGGAUGCUGGCUUGGCCCCAUUUCUUCUUAAUGCAGUAGGCUGGCUCUUUCCCUCCCCUGGGGCUCCCAUUGGAGAACCGUCCUUGGCAUCACUAGUAAACAUCCUGCAGGGCUCUGGGGUUGAGGCACAGAGUCAGCCAGAACUGGGAGAUGCCCUGGGGGUUUACUGCAUCAGUGCCUACAAUGACAGCAUGACUCCAGAGCUGACCCAGUUUGUGAAACGUGGAGGGGGCUUGCUCACUGGGGGCCAGGCCUGGUAUUGGGCCAGUCAGCACGGCCGUGACAAGGUGUUGUCCAGGUUCCCCGGGAACCAGGUGACCAGCGUGGCUGGAGUGUACUUCACCAACACCUGUGGAGAAAGAGGCCAGUUCAAGGUCUCUGAGAACGUGCCCAAGAUCCCACUCCACAUGAGGUGUGGGGAGGCCCACAGUCAGGAUCAGCAGCAGCUCCCGGAAGGGAUCUCAGAGCUGGACAUCAGUGGAGAGAGAAAACACACCCAACUGCUGGUUCAUGGAGCCCUGGCCUUUCCCCUGGGACUAGACAGCUCAUUAGGCUGCUUUCUUGCAGCUGCCCAUUAUGGCUGUGGUCGUGUGGUGCUUGGUGGCCAUAAGAGUUUGAUCCUUGAUCACAGGAUGGGCCCAUUUGUAGUCAAUGCUCUGCACUGGCUAGUGAGGAACCAGAAAGAGAUAAUUGGAUUGAGCUAAAAAAUGCAAGCACUGGGCACUAUGUUAUCAAAAAAUAACCUGGAGUGGAGAAGGGCAGACCUUCUGACCAGUGACUUGAGUGUCUUUUGCUGUGAAUCACUCGGCAACAUGGAUGUCAAGAAGGUGGAGGAAUUUAUUGCAGAAGGCGGAGGGUUGCAGAUUGGUGGCCAGGCCUGGUGGCAGGGCUACAAACACCAAAAUUCUAACUGUAUGUCUUAGUGUCCGAAGAACAAGCUCCUUACACGCUUUGGCCUUGGCAUCUCAGAUCAGCAAAGCAGUACAGGUUGCUUCCCAGUCCACAAUCCCGGGGUGAUAACCUACCGCAUCCGCAGAGCUCUCUCUCAAUUCAAGUCCAUGCUGUGCAAUGAAAGAAGAGGCAUAGACCAGAGCUGGCUAGAAAGGCUAAUGAAAGACUGUGCCUACAUGUUUCAAAUCCCAUAUAAGGGAAUUCCCAUCUAUGAGUCUGUGCACAAAACCAUCCCGGAAAUGAUCCGACAAAAGGGCUUACCACUCGUGAAUAAGGAAAACCCAAUUACUAGGGGCAGCUCUGAGGCCGUCCCGAUAUCCUUGGCCAGAGACCUGGCCAAAUUGGGAACUGACUGCUUUCUGUUGCUCUGUGAUCAGACUCUGUCCUUUCUAUGUCCCACAGAAUCUCCCAUCACCAUUGAGAUCAGUUCAGGUAUGGAAUUGAGAUAUGGGACACAUGAGUCAUGGCAGCAUAGGCGAGUUCAGGUGUGCGCAGGAGGUGCAAAAUCUUUGGGAGGGACUGUGGGGAUCCUGUGUGAAGCUGGAGCCAUGGUGAUGGGAAGACCUCAACCUUCUCCACAGUUCUUCUCCGACAACAGUAGUUCCUGGGUGGGUACUGGACUCUACUUACCUCAAGGACAAAUUGCGGAAGUUACGCUGUCUGAUGAUGCUGUCUCUGCUGACUUGAAGGUACUGAUCAACUGCUGCUCCAAUAACCUAAGUCUAGCAGAGACUUACUACCGGUACCCUGUGAUGAUGCACCAGUGCAGCUGGGAAACAACAAAGAUGUCCAUCUCCUGGCUCUGGGGGGGGGGCCUCCUCUACAUCAUUGUGCCCAGCGGUUUUAAACUGGGCUCUGUGCCUGUAACCAUCAGUGGAGCUGUGUCUGCUCCAUACUUCAAGCUGGGUAAGACAUCCCUGGAGGAGUGGAGAGGCUGUAUCCAGGAACCUGGCAACCUGGGAGAGUUGGCAACAGAGAACAUCAUCUUGACAGUGCCAACUGCAAACCUCUGGGCUGUGGAGGACCCAGAACCUUUACUCUGCCUCUGGGAUGAGAUGAUGCAGGCUCUAGCCAAGCUGGGAGCUAGACAAUUUCCUCUUCUUCAUCCUGAAAGGAUAGCUGCUGACGUAAAGAUCUCAGCUGGUUGGAUGCCUUCUGGGUACCCCACCACAUGCCAUGUGCAGCCAGUGCCUGAGUUCCUUGAUGAGGGGAUCAUAAGGUCCAAAGGCAUUUAAGCUCCCUUCCACGAGCUGGGCCACAACCAGCAGCUAUCCGGAUGGACUAUCCAUCCCCAUACCACUGAGGCCAUGUGCAACCUCUGGCCAGCCUACGUGAAUGAGAUGGUCCUGAACAUUCCCAGGGCUCAGGCCCACUCUGCUCUGGGACCUCAAAAUCGGGAGCAGAGGAUCAAAAUGCACAUGGACAAGGGAACCCCCCUGAAUGCCUGGAAGAUGUGGAUGGCUCUGGAAACAUAUCCUCAGCUCCAAGAGGUCUUUGGGUGGGAGCCAUUCAUGCAGCUCUUUGCUGAGUACCAGACCCUGUCUGGCAUCCCCAAAGACAACAGUGGCAAGAUGAAUUUAUGGGUGAAGAAAUUCUCUGAAAAGGUGCAGAAGAAUCUGAUUCCUUUCUUUGAGGCCUGGGGCUGGCCUGUCCAGAAGGAAGUGGCUGAUAGCCUGGCCUGUCUGCCUGAGUGGCAGGAAAAUCCCAUGAAAUCAUAUACACUUUACAGAAAGGAGUGA